CCUCUCACUCGAAAAUCAAUACGCCAAGACACUUCUUUAUACUAUCCUUUCACUCUACUGCGCAGGUCCGGAAGUGCUGGAACUUCCGAUGUAACCACCGUAAUAAUCACUGGCAACUUGAAAACACCGUUUUAGUGGCUACAAUAAUGAUAAUUCAUGCCAGAUACAGAGUUUUAAUGGACGCGUGUGCACUAAUUGUGCUGCUAUCUGCAUUUGAAGUUGCCUUGAGUGCCAAGUCUGGAUUAUCAAACAAAGCUAAGCUGAGUAUUGGCGUGCUGCUUGAUGUCCGGUCUGUCCAGCUUCGGCCACUGCUGGAGACAAAGAUGGGAGAAACGAAGGAGGGCAGCAGUCUCCUGUUCCAACCACACAUCUCCACCGUCGACAUCACCGACAGCUUUGCCGUCAGCAACGCCAUGUGUGAUCUGAUAACAAAAGACGUCGUCGCCAUCAUCGGUGUGACCAACGCCUCCUCACUUUCCACCAUCCAGUCUUACAGCAACACCUUUAACAUGCCCUUCGUGAGCAUCGGAUCCACGCAGAACUUCACGACGACGCCUGGUUUCCAGUUGUUUGUCCGUCCGUCCUUUAUGGGGGCGGUAGUCGACCUGCUGCACCACUAUGGUUGCAGGAAGGCUGUGUAUAUCUACGACUCGGAUGAAGGUUUAAUGCGGAUCCAGGAUCUGUUCCAGUCCUUGAACACGAGGGACUUACUAAUAGAUCUUGAUGUAAGGAGGAUAAACUCACUUCCUGUGGCCAAAGACGGCAUGGGUGCUCCCGCUGGAGUUGACCACAUGACCAAAGGAGACACCAGUCAGAAGGUGUUUUACAUCAUGGACCUAGAACAACUCGAUGUCCUUGGUGUCAUUCGCUAUUUGAAGAAAGAACACGUCUUGUCCGGGAUUGAUCUGAAUAUUAUAGCCGUUGCCUUGGAUUUGGUACCGGUGUCUUCUUCCAACACAGACCUGUCCGCUACCAACAUAUCGGGGUUCCAAUUGGUUUCUGACGGAUCAGCAGAUCACGUGAUAGGUCUACAUGACUCAGUCUUCACAGACGUGAUGAAGAGCACUGAAGCAUUGUUGGUCGAUGCUGUAGACGUUGUGAGGACGGCAGUGGAGGAGGUGGAGAAAGUCAGUCCCGGAUGGUUGAUGGAGAGAAGCAAACAGUUAGACAAUCAAGUAAAAUGUACAAACUUCGUUGUGGACAAAACUACCCAUGGACAGAUCCUUAUGGAACACCUAAGACAGGUUCAGUUUGAAGGUCAGACCGGCAGGGUUACCUUUGAUGAAAAUGGAAAAAGGAACAACUUUGCCUUGGAAAUAUUUGAAUCUACAAGUGGUGAAGCAAACAAAAGGGUUGGCAAAUGGCACCCCGAGCAUGGCUUACGAAUGUCCUCGAGUUGGCACAUAGAGAAGACAGUCAUCUUACUUAUCAAUAACACUCGUCCGGUACAUUUUGUACAAAAAUCUGAAUAAAAGAUCAA